UUUUGAAGAAAUCUAGCCCGCAACUUCUAUUUGAAAAUAUCUAGGACAUGUGAUAUUUUCAGUAGAUCGGGCAAUUAUGCAUUUAAAAAGGAAUUAUUUCAUUUAAAUUAAGAAAAUAUGUCUAAACAAAAUGUGGAUUUCAGGAAACUCGGUUAACGAACUGAGGUAGAAAUUAGGUUCGUAAACUGAGCGAUCGACCAAAGACAAUAUUAACACAUUCUCGUAUUGCAUAUCUGGCGAAUAAGUCCUUCAGGGGUGGUACCUUUUUCAGUUGUUGACUGUUGCUAUGCCAACGGUUCUCCGGUGAUCGAAUUUCCAGCUACUCAGCCGAUAGAGAAGCAAAAUGCUCUGGUGGACAACUGCACGGGCACGGAUCCGCCGCCGCUUAGCUUGGACGCUGGCACCGAGACGCAGGAGAUGCAGCAUGUGGCCACACAAACGGAGCAGUGCUGCAGCAGUAAGAGCGUUGACUACGAUGAGCGUGCCCUGGCCAAAUGGCUGCGGCAGAUAUGCCCACUGGUGGAGCAGGAAUUAAGCCAGCCGACGCCACUCAUGGAGGAUCAGCAGUCGAGUCAGUGCACGCUGGAGGAGCAGUUGCAGGUGCACACCUACCAGAAACUAACCAUGGACAGCGUCGAAAACUCGCAGGGAUUGGCUAUUUGGCUGUGCGUGCACACAAAUAAUGCGCCCGUGCUGGUGGCUACGACGGUGGCACCCCACGACGACUGGUGUGAGCAUGUGGAGCAACAGCUGAAGCUCUUUGUGCCGCAGCGUAUGUCCCAUGGAAAUUUUGUGGUAUACUCGGAGGCCAAAGCUCUGCCACUGAAAUCCUGCCUGCGUAGCCUGUGCACCAAUGGAUUCAACAAGCAAAUGUUUGCCGGCGCCACCAUGGAUGGCGAGCUUUUUGUCUGGCUAUACGAGCAGGCACGUGCUGGCGGUGACUCGAGCGCGGAAGUAAAACAGCUGCACAGCGUCUCCUCCACAUAUGGUGCUGCCGUGGCACUGGAUUGGGUUACGGAGCAGCGUCUGCUUGCCUGCUAUGCCAAUGGCACGGUGCUGCAGUGGCUGGUGGCCAAGCAAAUGACCUUGGAUUGGGAAUAUUCGUUGCCAGCCUCAGUGGCCACGGAAUUAACGACUAUGGUGUCGCUGGGCCUGGACGAUUUCGUUUUGGGCACCAACAAUGGCGGCGUCUAUCGCUGCUGGAGCACAAGCCGCCAGCCAGCUGCCGAUAGAUCCAACAAGCAGCUACAGCUGCUUGCCCUGCGCAGGCAUCGAUUCAUGGUGUCUACCCUGCAAAAAACCGAAAUGGAUGGCCACCAAAUUGUGGUUAGCUGCGAUCUGAGCGGACAGACCUACUAUCACGAUAUGCGACACGAGGAGGAGGACACCGCCCAAUUAAUUGUGCAAAUUCCGCUGCCCUUCAAGAACGCAAUCGCCUGCAGCCGUGACGCCAACAUCAUCUACUGUCCUAGCAGCGACGGUGCCUUGGACUACUACAGGAUCAGCGAUGGAGCUCGUGGCCACGUCAAGGGCGUACUGCGCGGUCGUGGCCAAUUCAUUCGCAUCAGCGACAAUGGCUGCUGGCUAAUCACGGGUCUUUAUGGCAAUGAAUUUCAGAUAUUCUAUAUCGAAAACAAUUUUAGUGAAUAAUACUCAUAUACAAAUUGCUUGGAAGGAUGUCUUUAUAUUAAAUAAUUAUUAAUUUUGGUGCUUAACAGUUUAACUUUUUUUUGAUGGGGUUCCUGGCAUUGGAAUAAUACCAAUUGGUUGGCUGUCUUUAUAUUAUUUGAUCAUUAGUCUUGUUGCUUUACAUCUUACUUCUUUUUGGCGGGGGUCUUUGCAUUGGUAGUCGGUUUGCCAUUGGACGUAUCCUUUAUUUGACUGGCGACAGUCGGUUUUUUCUUGCAGAUAGCCUU